AUGGUGGAGGAUUCUCGUUGGAUCGUCCGCGAGCGCACGAGACCACAGCCAAGGGUGCAGGAGGGAACGACGGGUGACGCGCGAAAAAAGGACAGUAGGAGCGAAAGAGGUGAAAAAGACGGGAGACACCGUGGGGAAAGAUUCGCGAGAAGGAGACGAGAGACAUUGGGGAGAAAAAGAGGCUGGGCAGGCGAGAAAAGGAUAGGCGAAAAGUGCGAUAUAGACGUUCAUCAGCCACUAGACAGUAGUAGAGUGUUAGUCGACACGUUUGCGUUUUCGAGUCCGUGGGUCCCCGAGGGAAGGAUUCUUCCGUUGAAACUAUUUCUCAGGUGCUCGAUAUUGGCGUUCGCCAAAAUGGCGGCUGUGUGGUAG